AUGCACACUGCACAUUCACUUGUUACAGAUGAUGCUUAUGGAAGAGAUUUGUACAUGUUGAAUCGAUGCCUCGAAGAUAUUGAAUAUUUCGAGAGAAACUUGAGAAAGUUUUUGAGAUCAUUAGAUCGUCAUGGGGCAGAAAAAAGCACUGGUGAUACUAAAAAUACCGACAGUCAACCACCGAAUGCUACAGACACUAUCGAUGCAUUGCAGAAAGUUAAAUUUGCAUUAAAUAUUACUGAAAAAAUUAGAAAAUCUCUUCCAUACUUAUCAAAAGAAGUUUUCGUCUAUUUAAUAAGAGUUGUUCGAAAAGUGCAUAAUUCUGCGAAAGAGAAACUAAUACCCAAUUAUAAUCCAAAUAUAGUAGUGGAUGUUAUUGAACCCUUAUUGUUGGAAUCAACUAUCACAUCAUUAUUUAAACUUUUCACAGUAAAAACGAAAGAAUUUUGGUUAGAACUUGGUCCUUCAUGGAAUACACCCAGUUCAAAAUGGCCAAAUUCACUAAAAACCUACAUGCCAACAUUCAGUCAACCGUACAAACGAAGGAGGACAACACAACGGUCGAGUGAUUUGACUGGCAGACAGCAAGUAUUUAAUUCGCGGAUACUUCUGAAAGGGACACCUGAUAUCGAUGAUAACUAUGAGCCACAUUUUCAUGGUGGUUUACGUUAUUUCCGCGUUGAUGACAAAGAGUAUUUAGCUUACCAGAGAUAUCGACGAGAAGUUAAACUUCGAGACGAACAUUUAGGUGAAUAUAUUUUGCCUAGUGUGAUUUCAGACAGUGGUAAUAAAAAACCAGAUGAAACGCAAGAACAUGAGAUAAAGCUAAUUGAUUUUGAUACCUACUGGACUGUAUAUGAUCAGAAUAGAAUAAUUGGAGAAAUACCUCAUGUGAAAGUCAACUGUUACCAUCAUACUGAUAGAAGAAUAAAAAAUGAAGUGAACAAUAAACUUUCGAGUGGUGCAGAGCAUUCAAGACAAACGGAAAAUGUUGGGCAGUCUACUGGGAAUGUCAUGCUUUACUAUGCUGUUACUGAACAGAGCCAUACAUCACUGCCGUCAUGUCCUCUAAUUCUGUUUCCCCUAAAAACUCAACUUCACACUACACAAAAAUAAUCUGGAAUCUUUUUUUUCACUCAAACUAGUUAGUAGAUAUAUGUGUGUGUGGGUUGAUGCACUUGUUCAUGAGUUCAAAUCUUAGAAUAACCAAUAAAUCUCAAUUCGAAUUAUCAAUAUCGCAAUUACAUAUUUAUUUGAUUCAAUGGGUUUUGACCUCUGGUAUGGGGACUCUCACAGUGAAACACAUAUUACCCCCAUUUCUUUGAUUGUUUUACUUUUCUAAUAGUUGUAUCUGUCUUUCCUAUUUUUAUAUUGAUAUUUUGUUCUGAAAUAUUACUUGUCUGAUUCAAUAUUCCUAAAAUUUACUAUGUACAUAUGCUAAACGAAUAAACGCACAAGUUUUUUCUUUACAGCAUAUCUCUUUUAUCAUAUUUCACUUAAUGAUACAUCUGCGAGACUAUAUGAACUUCCCAGAUCAUGGAAAUUAUCCCAAUGAAAAGUCAAAAAAGCAGUUUUCCUGAAUACAAGAUUUCAACCAUCUGCGGAUUGUUUGUUUUGUUUGUUGAAAAAGUCAACGUCUUUAGUGUUUGCCUAUCCUGAUAUUUUUCUUAUUCUGAGUACAUGUUAAGAGGAGAAGUGAAUUUAGGCCUAUUUGUUAGCA